CAAUCUAUCUCUAGUCUCUAUGCUGGAUUGCUUCUUGUUGGUUUAUAUUUUAUUCGCAUUUUAUACUCCAAUUGAUAAGUCUAUGGCAACAUUGUAUUGUAAUAUGUGGUAAAGUUCGAAGACUACUACUCUAAAAUUAGUUUAUAUGGCGAUUGGUCGGUUUUUACGGAGGAACCUAGUGAGCAUUACUUUUCCAACUUUGGCUGCAACAUUAAUUUGGCUUGAUUGGAAUCAUACCAGAAAGUGGAAAGCUCAGCAAAGGAAAUAAAAUGGCUAUUUUCGGAAUCACUCCACGCUACAUUUGGUUUGCUGUUCCCUUUUCUGGAUUCUUCAUAGGGAAAUAUCUGGAUGACCAGGAAACUCUGAGAAUGACAAACUUCAGAGAUAAAUCUGCUCUGUAUGGCGGUAGAGUAAAGGAAGGUGACCCACCAUCUUGGCCCUAAAUAAUGACAUUAUACAAUUAAAGUGUAGAGGAUUGCUUGUGUUUAAUAAACUUAGUCAUUGUAUAA